AUGCUGGCCGGUCGUCGGAUGUGCGGGGCAUUGGCUCGUCGAUUCGUCUCGGCCUCCGCCACCUCAACCGAGCCCACACUUCCCCUCUCGAAUGGACCAUCAUCCGCUCUACCCCAUCAAUCGGAACGGGACAUUUCGGCGAAGGUCGGCGCGCUCGUCGAAGACAUUGCCCAGUUGACGGUAAUCGAGGUGGCCGAUCUGAAUUGGGCACUCAAGAAGCGUCUCAAUCUACCCGAUGUACCGAUGGGUGGUAUGCAGGCUUUCGCCAUGCCAGCCGCGAGCACCCCAGCCGCCGCCGAAGAGACGGCCGCCUCGGACGCGCCGCAGAAGAUGACGUUCGCCGUCAAGCUGACCAAGUUCAACGACGCACAAAAGAUUGCGCUCAUCAAGGAGAUUCGCACGAUUGUUCCAGGGCUGAACCUCGUGCAGGCGAAGAAAUUCGUGGAGACGGCCCCGGUGACGGUGAAAGAAGAUAUGGGCAAAGCGGAAGCCGACGAGCUGAAGGCCGCCCUCGAGAAGGUCGGCGCGACGUGCGAGAUCGCC